AUCUUCAGGCUGCACCCCCUUCUUCUAUGAUCUCCAGCUGGAAGAACGCUGCUCUUUUUUGAUGAUUCUGUGGAGUUCAGUGUCUAAUAAAAUUAAGAAAGGAUUACUUCUCCGCCAUGAAAGAGAAAUCCAAAAACGCUGCCCGGACUAGACGGGAGAAAGAAAACAGUGAGUUUUAUGAACUGGCUAAACUGCUGCCACUGCCCUCUGCCAUCACCUCCCAGCUGGACAAAGCAUCCAUAAUCAGACUGACAACCAGCUAUUUAAAAAUGAGAGUGGUUUUCCCCGAAGGACUUGGAGAAGCCUGGGGCCAUUCUAGCAGACCAAGUUCCUUGGAUAAUGUUGGUCGAGAGUUGGGAGCUCAUCUUUUACAGACCUUAGAUGGCUUCAUCUUUGUGGUGGCUCCUGAUGGGAAAAUCAUGUAUAUUUCUGAAACUGCUUCAGUCCACCUGGGCUUAUCACAGGUAGAAUUGACUGGAAAUAGCAUCUAUGAAUACAUUCACCCUGCUGAUCAUGAUGAAAUGACUGCAGUGCUUACAGCUCAUCAGCCCUACCAUUCACACUUUGUCCAAGAAUAUGAGAUUGAGCGCUCCUUUUUCCUGCGAAUGAAGUGUGUACUGGCAAAGAGGAAUGCAGGUCUGACCUGUGGGGGGUACAAGGUUAUCCAUUGCAGUGGUUACUUGAAGAUCAGACAAUAUAGUCUGGAUAUGUCACCUUUUGACGGCUGCUACCAGAACGUAGGCUUGGUGGCUGUUGGGCAUUCACUCCCACCUAGUGCAGUAACUGAAAUCAAACUUCACAGUAAUAUGUUCAUGUUCAGAGCCAGUCUUGAUAUGAAGCUGAUAUUCCUUGAUUCCAGAGUUGCAGAGCUAACUGGAUAUGAACCUCAAGAUUUGAUUGAAAAGACCUUAUAUCAUCAUGUGCACGGAUGUGAUACAUUUCACCUGAGGUGUGCACAUCAUUUAUUACUUGUGAAAGGACAAGUCACCACAAAGUAUUAUCGGUUCUUGGCUAAACAAGGAGGAUGGGUGUGGGUACAGAGCUAUGCUACUAUUGUGCACAACAGCAGGUCGUCCAGACCCCAUUGCAUCGUCAGUGUGAAUUAUGUCCUCACAGAUACAGAAUAUAAAGGACUUCAAUUAUCUUUGGAUCAAGUUACAACAAAACCAUCAUUCGCUUAUGCAAAUUCAAAUCCAGCCAUAAAUGACAGCAGGAAGAGCAGUAAGUCCCGUCUUCCUAGUGCCAAGUCUAAAUCCAGGACAUCUCCAUAUCCACAGUAUUCAGGUUUCCACACAGAAAGAUCUGAGUCGGAUCAUGACAGUCAAUGGGGUGGAAGCCCCCUAACUGACACUGCUUCACCACAGCUUUUAGAUCCUAUAGAAAGACCAAGCUCCCAACAACAUGAAGUCUCCUGUGCAUAUCGACAGUAUCCAGACCGAAGUGCUCUGUGUUUUGGAUUUACUCUUGACCAUGCAAGAUUAAGUGAUGAUAAACACCACCAUAGUCAGUCCUGUGAGAGCAGUAGAUGUGAAGCUGGUAGAUACUUUCUUGGAAGUCCACAAGCUGGAAGGGAGACAUGGUGGGGAUCUCGUUCUGCUUUGCCAGUGCCAAAAUCCUCUCCAGAAAGUAGAGAUGGAUAUGAGAACUCUAUGCCUCACAUAACUUCAGUUCACAGGUUACAUGGGAGAAAUCAUUGGGAGGAAGACAGUGUGGUCAGUUCUCCUGAUCCUGGUUCUGCAAGUGAGUCAGGGGACCGGUACCAUAAUGAGCAAUAUCAAAACAGUCACCAUGAACCAAGCAAAAUUGAAACACUUAUUCGAGCAACGCAGCAAAUGAUUAAAGAAGAAGAAACCAGGUUACAGCUACAUAAAUCUAGCCCAGAUCAGCUAACUACUAUUAAUGGAGCAGCAAAAAGAAACUCAGUUUGCUAUACUAAUUACCAGCAACCUCAGUCAUCUGGAGUUUUGUGCCGAGGUCCAUCUGUUGCCAACACAUCUCCAUGUGACCAUCUACAGCAAAGAGAUUCCAAAAUCCUGAGCCCACAUGAUAAUGAAUAUGAGAACAGUCCUACAAAUCUUUCCAGAAUAAGCAGUCCAAAUUCAGAAAGAAUUUCAAAACCAGGAGUACCUAUAGCGAAAGACUACAUAAAUACCAAUGUGUCUCCUCAACAGACAGUGGACCACUCUGCUUCACCAAACUACUAUAGUGCCCAUAGACCAUAUUUUGAUAAACAUUCUUACACUUUUACUGGUUAUGCACUUGAACAUUUAUAUGAAACUGAAUCUAUUAGAAACUAUUCAUUGGGGUGCAGUGGAUCACACUUUGAUGUGACUUCUCAUUUAAGAAUGCAACAAGAUCCUUCUCAAGUGCACAAAGGUACAUCAGUUAUUAUAACAAAUGGAAGUUGAUGGAUUUGUUUAAUAUGGUCCCUGUAUUAUAAUCUUUUGCAAUAGAAUUAAAUGUAAUUGUUACCACCAUUUCAUGAAUUACAGUGCGCUGGACGUGGCACCAGGAUCGAUUAGGUUUGCAGUUUAUAUUUAGAACUCUGACUGUUCAACUUUGAACUAAUGUUAUUCAAUGGCUGAUCAAUGAUACCAUUUGUGCAGUCUUAAAAAUAUAGGAAUUUCAAUGUAGCUAAAAUACAAGUGUUUGCUAAAUAUACUUGCAUGUACAUAAACACCAGGUUUAAAAGAAAGAAAAAACUAAACUAAAACUAUGCACAGAGGACUUGAAGCAAAAUUGAAUGUCUAAUUUUAUGUAUACACAUGCACAAAUGCACAUGUAUUCUUUGAAUGUUUAAAAUAUGAAUAGAAAAUCAAAAUUAAGUGUUACUUUUCAGCAUCAUAAUACUUUUUCUUGAUGUACACUACAUUUUUGUCUCCAAAUUACAUGAAAGGAAUAUUUACUGAAAAGGGUUUGAGGAUAAAAUAUAAUUCAUAUAUCUGCUACAAAUACCCUACCCAGUUUUACACAUUCCCAUACCUAGCUUUUUCAUUGAUGUCAUCAGUCAUGUUAAAGCCACAUAAUCAAGCCUUAAGUCAAAUUAUGAUAUGAUAUUUCCAGUUUAUAUGCAAACAUAAUGACAACUAACCAGUUAUGUUAUUUCUCUAUCUACGCAGAUUUUAAAAAUUUCUGACAUUAACUUUUUUUCUCUCUUUGAUUAUAUGUAAGAUACAUUUCCA